AUGCAAGAUGGCUGCCGAAUGAAAAUAAUUUGACAUUUCUCUGAAGAUUUCCAAAUAACUCGCUGUCUGGUCGAUUUUCCGUUGUAGAACUGCGACAUGAUGUCAACAGAGGAAGCUAGGUUCUUGAAAAGAAAAGUGAAGGGAGGAAGCAUUGAUGCACAUCCUACCGAGAAAGCGUUAAUUGUCAACUAUGAACUGGAGGCGACAAUCCUGGGGGAGAUGGGUGACCCCAUGUUGGGUGAGAGGAAGGAGUGUCAGAAGAUCAUCCGAGUGAAGAGUCUGACGAACAAUACAGACAUUGCUGGCCUUGCCCGCGAGAUCAUCGAUCGCUGUAAACUGAUUCACCCAAGCAAGCUGCCUGAAGUUGAGCAGCUGCUUUAUUACUUGCAAAACCGUAAGGAUGCAGUUAAAGAAACCAAGAAAGGUCACCUCUCAGAAAAACCAAACGACCCGCCGCCGUUCGAAGGGACAGAAAUCGACGAACAAGCGAACAUCAACGAUAUCGACGACUACCUUGAGCUGCUGUAUGAAGAUGUCGCAGAGAAGCUGCGAGGAACAGCGCUAAUUCUACAGCUGGCGAGAAACCCUGAUAACUUGGAGGAAUUAUUUCAAAAUGAAACAGUCGUUGGCGCAUUGGCGCGAGUUCUCCGCGAGGACUGGAAGAAGAGCACGGAACUCGCCACGAAUAUCAUUUACGUCUUUUUCUGUUUCUCGAGUUUCUCGCAGUUCCACGGCGUCAUCUCGCACUUCAAGAUUGGCGCGCUCAGCAUGACGAUACUGGAGCAUGAACUCAAAAAAUACGAACUCUGGCAAGAGGAGCUGAUGAAGAAGAAGAGAGCUUCUGACGUGGAGAAAAACAACAACACGCUACGUAAAGACUAUGAAAAAAAUGCCAAGAAGAUGAGCGUGCUGGUGCGGAAACAGGAACAGCUACUGCGGGUGUCAUACUACUUACUACUGAAUUUGGCUGAAGAUCUCAAGGUCGAACUGAAGAUGAGGAACAAGAAUAUCGUGGGACUUCUCGUCCGGACGCUCGAUCGCGAAAACUUUGAACUUCUCAUUCUGGUCGUUUCGUUCUUGAAGAAGCUCAGUAUAUUUGUGGAAAAUAAAAAUGAUAUGGCAGAGAAGGGAAUCAUUGAGAAGUUGUCUCGGCUGAUACCGUGCGACCACGAAGAUCUGUUAAACAUCACGCUCCGUCUCUUGCUGAAUCUGUCAUUCGACAAGGAGUUGCGCGGGAAAAUGAUCAAAAUUGGCAUGUUGCCCAAACUUGUCAACCUUUUACCAAAUGAAAACCACACGCUUAUAGUCCUGUGUAUCUUGUAUCACAUCAGUAUGGACGACAAGUGUAAAUCCAUGUUCACCUACACGGAUUGUAUACCUAUCGUGAUGAAAAUGGUGUUAGAAAGUCCCGAGGAGAAAGUCGAGUUGGAGCUGGUCUCGCUUUGUAUCAAUCUGGCGGCAAACAAGAGGAAUGCGCAGAUUAUUUGCGAGGGACAGGGUCUCAAAAUGUUGAUCAAACGAGCCGUCAAGUUUCGGGACGCACUUCUGAUGAAGAUGAUACGAAAUUUGUCGCAGCAUGACGGACCAACGAAAUUACUAUUCCUGGACUACAUAUCGGACCUGCCGCAGUACAUAACGGCAGUGGAGGACGAAGAGUUUGUGAUCGAGUCGGUGGGCAUCUUGGCCAACCUGACGUUCAGCGACAUCGACUGGGCUCUCCUCUUGAAGGAGUACAACAUGGUCCAGUGGAUCAAACGCAAACUCGAACCAGGAGCUGUUGAAGAUGAUAUGAUGCUUGAGGUGAUAAUGUUGGUGGGAACCGUGUGCAAUGAUGACGAAUGUGCCAAGAUGCUGGCCGAAUCAGGAGUCAUACAGAAUCUCAUUGAGUUGUUAAAUGCCAAACAGGAAGAUGACGAGGUCGUCUGCCAGAUCGUGUAUGUCUUCUAUCAGAUGAUCUUCCACGAGUCGACGCGGGAGGUCAUCAUCAAAGAAACACAGGCGCCCGCCUACCUGAUCGACCUCAUGCACGACAAGAAUCGAGAGAUCAGGAAGGUUUGCGACGACACGCUGGACAUCAUAGCGGAAUAUGACAAGGAAUGGGCCAAGAAGAUCCAAUUGGAGAAGUUCCGCUGGCACAACUCUCAGUGGUUAGAGAUGGUCGAGACGCGGCAGAUGGAAGAUAAUGAGGCGUACAUGUAUGGGGACGAGGGCAUCGGGUCGUAUAUACAGGAUGCGGACAUCUUGGAUCGGCCCGACUUAUUUUACGGUGCACCUGAUGGUUACGACAGCAUGCCCUACGACGGUUAUGUGAUGGACGGCGGGCCGGACUUCGUUGACGCCAGAGGUGUUUACAAUGGUAACCAAGACUACAUGAUGGGCGGAUACGAAGACGGACGACAGAGAAAAGUCAACUUUGCCGACAGGCCGGAGAAAAAAGGUUAUGACUAUGACCCGUACCAGCGACCUGAGUCCCAGGUUGGAUUCGUAAUGGACGGACAGCAAAUGGAUGAGUACGGCCGCCCGUUACAAGGAUACGACCAGUAUGUUGACGAUUACGGGCGCCCCGUCGCCGGGUAUCAAAACGGAAACAGUAUGGAGAACGAUAUGUUGGACGCUUAUGGCUACGAGUAUGGACCGAGAUAAAAACGACUUUUUUCUAAAUUCGUCGAAGCAACUGUCGUUAUUGAGUUCGUCUUAUAAGUCUCGGAACAAAUAGAUCGAGAACAUGUCCAAACAAUCUGAAUGUUUAUAAAUGUGACCAGCUCUGGUUUAAGGCUUCGCAUGUCGCAUCUGGAAAAAAGGGAGAACCAGUUACACCUAAAGAACCGGGCCUAUGUCUCUGUAAUAUACCUGGCUGUCAUCUCACGUUCCUCCCUGGAUGCCCAGAGCUUUGUCACAAUUGAUGUACCGUAUGGUCAUGUGGCCAGCACGUGCUCUGGUGUGUGAUCUGGUGCCUUGGACUGCUGGACUCAUGUUCAUAUUCAUCGUCAUUGUGCUUUAAGUCUGCAGUGGCCGGUCCUAAGAUGAACGAUGGUGGUCGCCUCCCUUCUGUCAAUGUCUAGGAAAGGGUUGCUUCUGAGGACCCCUCUUCUCUUUUGCAAGGGGUAUUUUUGGGCCUAUUUCAGGAGUGUCAUUAGUAGGAGUUACUGGAUUCUUCCUGAUGUUGUUGACUUCCAUCUUUAGCAAGUAGACCAGCUCUGUCAUUUCCUGGGGUGCCACAGUUGGCAGGGAUCCGUUGAACCACAACUCACGACUCUGCUGUUCUGGGAGAGUUUCAUGAGGCUGAACUUAGCAACCGCAAGCUGAUUCAUUGUCCUUGAGCAAGUCACUUUAAACCCUGUAUGUCGCUUCUCGCUACCUGGGAGUAUGAUGGGGUACCUGUCGUAAAGGAUCAAGUAAGCUCUCUAAUGAGGUGUUCUUUGAGUUGCCCUGAAAAAUUUCAGAGGGGAAAUAUUGUCAAGGCACAUUUGAAGAAAUGAAAAAUGCCCUGUAUGUUUAUGAUUAUUAUUAGGUUACAAAACGUGAAUCACAUUUAUUUUUAUUUUCAGCCCUUUUAUAUUAUUUAUUGAGUUUUAUGUAAAAAGAUAGUGAUGUUUGGUGAAGGCCCAGUACUUCCAAACCCUCUUCAUCUUCGAAUGAAAUGACAAUUGUCUCGAGUUCAAAUGUAUAUAUCAAUGUCAAAUCUGAAUUUAAAUUAUUACUGUCGUAUGAGGAAGGAAGUAUUGGGCUUUUGUAUAACUAUUAGACCGGAUAUCAAAUAAGGCCGGAUUUCUCUGAGAAUACCCUGUGACUAUUAAUUUAUUGAUGAAUAAAUAUGUGUGGCUAUC